AUGCAUUGGCUCUAUGGUCAUCCCUUUGUGUUGUUGUUAUGCUGCCCGGCCAUUACCAACGUUGCAGCCCGCUCCUUUCUACCACGAUCCUGCGAUCUUCGACACCCAGCUGACUCGGGCACUCAGGGUUCCUGGUUAUAUCGGACAAGGAACGCUAUCAUAGAAUCCAUCUGGCCGCUCUCGCCCGUCUCAGAUCCAAGGACAGGGGGUGUUCAUGCAACCUCACGAUCCAAUCCACCGGCGAAGCUCCUCGCAAGAUAUGGAGGCGAUAUCGUUCUUCGCUUCGAGAUCAAGUCAUCGGAAGAAGUAGAGGCUCUAGCUGAAGCUGCUCAUGUCCUGUUCUUGGAUGUGUGGGAGUCCAAUGCGAAAUUCGUUGACGUGCGCAUUUCCAAGGACGUGGUCCACUCUCUUCUAGGCCUACUUCCAAAAUCGCUGCAGACAGCACAUACACCUUUGAUGCAUGAUCUCGCACAAGCAAUCUAUGAAUCAUACCCGUCUCUUGCCUUUCGAGAAUCGUCUGCUUCACCAGCUCCACAUUCGAGUCCAUUCAGCCCCACCCUACGAAGCCCCGCCGAAGAGACCAACAUCUUUUUCCGACAAUACCAACCUCUUUCAGUCAUUACGCCUUGGAUGCGGUUACUGAGAUCUCUAUUUCCUACUCAUGUCCGCUUGAUUCAGCUUGGUAUAUCAUAUGAAGGACGAGAGAUUCAAGCACUCCGAGUAGGGGUUCAUCCUACGAAUGAUGAAGCCCCGUCCGAACCACGCAAAACAAUCAUUGUCUCGGGUGGAUCUCACGCACGAGAGUGGAUAUCAACAAGCACUGUCACAUAUGUCGCGUAUUCAUUCAUAACCGCAUAUGGAAGAGAUAGAGACAUCACAAAAUUAUUGGAGAGGUUCGACUUCAUAUUCAUUCCAACACUGAAUCCCGAUGGUUACGCCUACACCUGGGAGAGUGACCGACUAUGGAAAAAGAAUCGCCAAAAGACGAGCCUCCGGUUCUGCACAGGCAUCGACCUUGAUCGCUCUUAUGACUUUGAGUGGGAUUCUGAUGUGAACAAAAACAACCCGUGUUCGGAGAAUUAUCCUGGAGAGGUCCCCUUUGAAGCUGUGGAAGCUCGUCGUCUAGUAGACUGGGCGAAGAAUGAGACCACCAACAACAACGUAGAGAUUGCGGGCUUCUUGGAUCUCCACAGUUAUUCUCAGCAGGUGCUCUAUCCGUAUUCUUACUCGUGUAUACAAUCGCCUCCCACACUCGAGAAUCUUGAAGAAUUGGCUAUCGGGCUUGCGAAGGCAAUUCGAACCACAAGCGGCGAAAUAUAUGGUGUUACUGCCGCCUGCGAAGGCAGUGCACCUGUCGUCUGCGAGGAUGGGAAGCCUUCCUUCUCUCGUACAUGUAGAUCAGGCGACGCCAUCUUGGAGGCUGCAGGUGGUAGCGCCCUUGACUACUUCUAUCAUGAACUUAAGGUGCCUUACACUUACCAAUUAAAGUUACGUGAUACCGGUAGCUACGGCUUCCUGCUUCCGAGCGACAACAUUAUCCCGACUGGAAAGGAGGCGUCUAAGGCGGUAAGAUAUUUCGCGAGUUUCUUGACCGGCAACAAGGGCAUCGAGGAUUCAGAAGCCGUCAAAGGCAGCAUCCACGAUGCAGCCAAGCUCACGCAUCCUAAAGACCAAGCAGGGUUCGAGGAAAGCGAAUGGAUCAUGAUUGACGAUCAAGACGAAGACGGUGAUCAAGAAAUUGACAAUGUGGCAAUCACGGAGCUCAAAAGACGACGGCGUAGAUGA